AUGGCGUCUUCAGCUUCUAGCCCCUUCACGAAGCUCCAUUUCCCCCAUUCUCCACUUCCACAACCACCAGCCAACUCCUGCGCACAGUUUCUCUGUAAAUCCAUCUUCUUCUGCUUUUUUCUCCUCCUCCUCCCUCUCUUCCCUUCCGAAGCUCCACAUUUCGUCGAUCACACUUUGUUCACCAAAUUCUGGGAGCUUUUUCACCUCAUGUUCGUCGGCAUUGCUGUUUCCUAUGGUCUCUUCAGCACAAGGAACAACCAGAUGAAUGUAGACGAACCUCGCUACUCCAGUUUUGAGAAUCCGCAGUCUUAUUUGUCUAAGAUGCUUUACGUCGCUUCAAUUUUUGAUGAUGUUGACGAUUUUGGUGUUUCUGAUGAAAGGAAAGUGAGUGAAGUUCUGUACAUUCAGCCGAAACUUGGAUCUGCGAGUGAUUUCAAUGCGCAAUCUCGCCACCAGGAAAAACUCCGUUACUCAAUACCGAAAAAAAGGUACGAAAACUCUUAUGAAUUUGCUGAUACUGAUAAUGUCGCUCAUGCUUGUAAAUCGAGAUAUACUCGUGGUGGAUCUGUGGUGGUUGUGCCUGAAACAAACCGUAGUUCAUCAGGAGGCAUUGUAAAUUAUAAACCUCUAGGUUUGCCUGUUAGGAGUCUGAGAUCGAGUCUUACUGAAUCCGACGAUGUCGAAUUCGAUUGUGGUGAUGAAUCUUGUUUGAGUUCUAAAAGUUCACCCAGAAGCUCUGAGAAUAAUUGUGAAGGAAACAGUGAAUUUGGUGAUGAUUGUUGUGUGAAUUUGGAGGAGAAGUUUGAUGAGACUGCAAUUGCAUCAAUGUCCUCAUUUCAAUUGCGUGAGAAAUUUGGAAAGAAGGUGAUUAGAGAGAGAGGAUUUGGGAAUGCUGUUCUUCGCCCUUCCCAUUUUAGACCUCCCUCCAUUGAUGAAACUCAAUUUGAAUCACUGAAAAAAUCAGGAUCUCUUCAUUCUAAUCUAUCUCAGUCAUCACAAACUAGUUCCCUCUCUUCUUCGUUGUCAUCGACGACGAGACAGCACCGUAAAAUGUCGUCACUCAGUAACAUUUCCUAUAAGUCGUUGCAUUCUCGACAAUACAGUAUGAGUUCUGUGUCUGAAAACAGUAGAGGGAGCUCUGAAGACCCUCUGAUUGAACAAGAAAACUCAUCCGAGUGCAAUGAAUCCGUGGUGAGUUCGCCACGUUCGGACAGGAAUUUCGCAAGUAUUCCGAAAGCUUUAUCCCAAGGAAAAUCGGUUCGAAGAAUUCGAGCAAAUGCAGCUGCCAUGGAGGAUAUGAAAGCUCAAGAGAUGCACAGAAAGCAAGUUAAACAAGAUGACAUUAUAGGGAAUAAGUUUGAAGAAGGUGGAAUGUCACCACCAUAUAUGAGAGAAGAUGGAACGGGACACGGAUGGCCUGAUGUUGUUAACCCGAAUGCUAGUAAUAUGAAUCGUUUUCCGAAGACGACGUUCUUGGGGAUUAAGGAGCAGAAGGAAGAGACAGAGAGUGUGGUGGCAGAUGAUAGUAAAGAUGACUCUGAGGGGGAGGAUGAAAGUUUGUUUGCAAGUUCAGAUGAAGAAGCUGGUUCAAGUAUGGCCGGAGAUUCGGAGUCGGGGGCUUUCGAGGUCGACAAGAAGGCGGGCGAGUUCAUAGCCAAGUUCAGGGAGCAAAUACAGCUUCAGAGGAUGGCUUCAGUUGAAAAAAGAUUGAGAGGAGGAGGAGGAGGAGGAGGGUGGGGGUCAUUCAGCAGCACAAGCAGCAGCUAUUUCAGUUGA